GCAGCGACAACACCGUGGAUUGCCUUCGUUUCUUGUGAUACGAACGGAUCAUCUUUCUCUUUGAAUGAAGACGUUUUUACACUGGCUCGCGACAAGGGUGCUGUUGCUGCUCUUUUAUAUUCCAAAUGGUCCGAAGCUUGCAUCAUGAAUCCCGAUUAUGCAAACCCUGCAACAUACGAUCAUAAAAUUGAUAUAUUUUCCACAAAGUCCCUCGUGGCCGCUCGGUACGUUCUUUGA